AACCCUGUUGCCCUGGCGACCGACUCCCAGGCCACUUACGGCAGCAGCAAGCGGUCAGGGGGCCUAGUAGAGACGCCCUAACCAAAAAUCCCUGACCAUGACCACCUCCUCCCAGCCGUCCCUUUCUCGGGGCGCAUCCUUGCCCGUGGGCGACGGAUUGCUUGACACUGAGAAGAACUCAGGGGAGGCGGAGAACACCUACAUUCUGAGGCCCAUUUUCCAGCAAAGGUUCAGACCCUCUGUGGUCAAAGACUGUAUCCACACUGUGCUCAAGGAGGAACUGGCAAAUGCUGAAUAUAAUCCAGAAGAAAUGCCUCAGCUCACAAAACAUUUAUCAGAAAAUAUUAAAGAUAAAUUAAAAGAAAUGGGAUUUGACCGAUAUAAAAUGGUGGUACAAGUAGUGAUUGGAGAACAAAGAGGUGAAGGAGUAUUCAUGGCUGCUCGAUGUUUCUGGGAUGCUGACACUGACAACUACACUUACGAUGUUUUCAUGAACGACAGUUUAUUCUGUGUUGCAGCAGCAUUUGGGUGUUUCUACUAUUGAAUCUUUGAAAAAGUUGGGAAAAGAUAUGACCAAGAAGAGAUGUGACAUUUUUUUUUAUUCUGUUAAAUAUCUUGACAAAAUAAAGCUAAAAACUGGA